UUUUAACUUUUGAGAUUACACAAUUAUUAUGAAACUAUCUUAAAUAAUUCUGUGAAAUACCACUUUUUGUGAAAAAAAAAGUUGGGGGCAAAGAAAGGGGCGGAAAGACCGUUUCUUGGUGCAAUUCAGAAGGCAUUUGCACACCGCUCCUAACCCUAUUCAUAUGCAAGAACAAUAUCAACCACCAGUAUUGCCUAAAAUAAGCUGUCAAAUCCCUAUAUAUAUCAACCAAAUCACUGAGAAACACUGAAACAGAGAAGAAGUUAAUUAAUUAAAUAAUUAUCAAAACAGAAAGUUAAACAACAAGAAGAGCCAAUUAGAGAAGGAAGAAUGGCCAAGAAGCUUGUUGCAGUGUUUCUCAUGUUGGUGGUGGUUGUUGCAGCACUCCACAUUCGGGAGGCUGAGGCAGAAGACGGUGAUCACAAGGAAUACAAGGAGUGCUUCGGCAACUGCUUGAAGGAAUGCGAAGACGGCGACGCCCACGGUCAAACUUACUGUGAGAUGAGCUGUGACACUGAAUGUGCACUUAGAGAGAGUGCCGAAAGGCUGAAGAAUAUCAAAGUUUGAGCUUGUUGAAUAGACAAGGAGCAAGCACUUACAACCACAGAGGAAGAGCAAUAUGCAAUAAAUUAAUUAACGAGCUUUCAUUCUACUGAUAAUGUAUUAAUUUGUGGAGGAGUUUUUCAUCCAUGAAUAGUGUAUUAAUUCGCAAGAUGUAAUAAAUCGUUUUUUAUUUUCUUCAACACAAAACUCCGCAAUCUUAAUUCACUUUGAUGAAAACAAUAUUGCGAGAUGAA